AUGGCCAGGUCAACAGAGUUUCAGUUAACCGGAAGUCUAUCCAAGAAAUGGGCCGCAAACUCAGCCAACAAGGUUGAAGUACUAGAUAAAUAUUUACUCACUUAUCUCAAUCUGCUCGACGACUACAACGCCUGCCAUGAUGGUUUACAGUCGCACAUUCAAGCGGCAUUCUUAAAUCUUUCCAAGGCAAAAGUCGUAUUAGGACCUUCUCGAAUUGGCCCAAACAGUUAUGAUCUGAGCUCACGCUUACCGACCAAGACCAUAGUGAUCCAGAACCAAGAUCCGAUCGACCCAGAUGAAGAACUCGACCAAUCGAAAGGGCCAUUUAUGCUUACUUUGAACCGUUUUGAAACCUGUCCAUCGGUCGAGUUGACAAAUGAUCCAUCCGGAUGUUCAUCAGAGAACGGUCUUCGAAAGCGUAAAAACAAGCAAGAACCCGUCUCUCCCGAGCCAGGCUUACCAACUGAGGAACACGCGGCCGUCCAGGCGAACAGCCUCCCGGAGAAAGAGGAUCAAGACAAGGAUCGACCCAAAGAGUUGCCCAAUCCAAUCCAUCAAUUCGCUGCCCUUCCACCCCCUCCUCUGCGAAGCGCUCAGAUCGGAUUCUCUAAAACGUUGGAAUCUAUCGUUCGACUUUCAAACCUACGCUCUGUCCUCAUAGAGAUUGAAAAAUUCAUCGAACUGCAAAGGCAACUCGUCGAGAAUCAAUCAAACUCCGAUCCUCCCGAGCGAGAAAAUCUACAGGCUUAG